AUUGUCUAUGUGUUUGUUUUUGAGUUGCCACAGUAUGCAAUAGACUGGCAUGUCUUAAGGUCAAUAUUAGGUCAAAAAUGGCAAAAAAGAAACAGCUUUCUCUAGAAACUCAUCAGUCAAUCAUUGUUUUGAGGAAUGAAGGCUAUACAAUGCUUGAAAUUGCCAAAAAAAACUGAAGAUUUCAUGCAAAGGUGUACACUACAGUCUUCAAAGACAAAGGACAACUGGCUCUAACAAGGACAGAAAGAGAUGUGGAAGGCCAGAUCAACUGAACAACUGAACAAGCGGAUAAGUACAUCAGGGUCUCUAGUUCUAGAAAUUGAUGCCUCACAUGUCCUCAGCUGACAGCUUCAUUGAAUUCUACCCGCUCAACACCAGUUUCAUGUACAACAGUAAAGAUAAGACUCAGGGGUGCAGGCCUUAUGGGAAGAAUUGCAUAGAAAAAGCCACUUUUGAAACAGAAAAACAAAAAGAAAAGGUUAAUGUCAAACGAAACCACUACGCCUGCCAUGUCUAGUCAAGCAGCCCCACCUUGCCAUGUUCCCACAUCUAUCUCUGAGCCUAACACUGCCAUCCGGAAGCAAAAGAAGAGAAUAAGCGCUCCUACUCCCCUGUCACAGCCCAUUCUCACGACCACGAAGACCAUUCCCCAGUCUCUGUCAGUGCUCACGACCACAGAGGUCAUUCCCCAGCCUCUGCCAGUGCUCACGACCACAUAGGUCAUUCCCCAGUCUCUGCCAGUGCUCACGACCACGAAGGCCGUUCCCCAGUUUCUGCCCAUGUUCAUGACCACAGAGGUUGUUCCCUAGUCUCUGCUGGCAUCCACGACCACAAAGGCUGUUCUCCUGUCACUGCCCAUGCUCACGAACAUGGAGACUGUUACCCUUCCAGUGCCUGUGCUCACAGCCACCAAGACUGUUCCCCUAUUGUGGCCAAUCCCUGAGAAUUCCACGGCUCUGCCCCCAGAGCCUCUGCCUCCUGACCCUGUUCCUGUCCUGUGGCAGCCUCCCAGGCCUCGUGACCAUGUCCUGCGGCCGCCUCCACAGCCUCCUGACCCUGUCCUGCGGCUGCCUCCCAGGCCUCCUGACCAUGUCCUGUGGCAGCCUCCCAGGCCUCCUGACCCUGUCCUGUGGCUGCCUCCCAGGCCUCCUGACCAUGUCCUGUGGCCACCUCCCAGGGCUCCUGGCCAUGACCCUGUCCUGUGGCUGCCCCUAUACCUCCUGACUAUGUUCUGUGGCCACCUCCCAGGUCUCCUGACCAUGUCCUGUGGCCGCCUUCCAGGGCUCCUGGCCCUGACCCUGUCCCGUGGCUGCCCCCUAUACCUCCUGUCCCUGUCCUGUGGCUGCCUCCCAGGCCUCCUGACCAUGUCCUGUGGCCGCCUCCCAGGUCUCUUGACUCUGCUCCCUUCCUGGAGCUGCCACCCAAACCGCCAGACCCGCUCUCUUCCUGGAAGCCACUUCGCUGGCCACUGGCUCUGCCCUGGUCUCCUGCUCCUUGCCCUGCCUUGCCAGGCCACACCCCACAUCCUGUCUCGCCAGGCCAUUCCAUCUUCCUCUUGAUCACAUUCCAGAGAUUUUCAAUGGGGUUCAGGUCUGGAGAUUGGGAUGGCCAUGACAGGGUCUUGAUCCAGUGGUCCUCCAUCCACACCUUGAUUGACCUAGCUGUGUGGCAUGGAGCAUUGUCCUGCUGGAAAAACCAAUCCUCAGAGUUGGGGAACAUUGUCAGAGCAGAAGGAAGCAACUUUUCUUCCAAGAUAACCCUGUACGUUGCUUGAUAUAUAGAAUAAAACAAAAAUGUUCACUUUACUCAAACACAUACCUAUAAAUAGUCAAUCCAGAGAAAAUGAUAACUUUGCAUUGGUCUCUUAAUUUUUUCCAGAGCCGUAUAUACAGUAUAUACACAUCUACUAACAGUUCGGCCCUCAUACAGUGAUGCUUAGUCCAAUCUGGCCAUCGACCUAAAAUAAGUUUGACACCCCUGCUAUAGGGUUUUUAAUUUCCCUAUUUAAAGGGACAUUCCAGGUUUAAUGCAAGUUAAGCUCAAACUACAGCAUAAUUUUGACUUUUCCCUGCGUAAUGCCGUAAACCCUAAAACAACAAAUUAAACUUUACAGCUCAAAUAAUAAACACUUUUUAACAUAAAAAAAUAUGUAAAUGCUUUUAUAAAAUGAUAAGCUUCACAUUUCUGCCUUUAAACCCCACAUUUCUGCCUUUUGUUUUGUUUUGUUUUUUUAAAGAAAAGGAGGGACGAUAUUUUAUGAGGUAAUCAACAUUAUGCCACAAAUGCUGUCAAUUAAUCUUAAUUUAUACUGAACCUGGAAUAUUCCUUUAACAUAUUAAUUCAUAAAUUCCUCUGAUGUAAUCAAAGUGACAUGGGUGGGGGAAAUUAAUAUUCACCAAUAAUAUAAACAUUCAUGAUCUAAUCAAUUCCUGAUGGUUUAAAACAAAAUUACAAUAACCUUCUGUUUCAAUCAAAAAUACGUUGCAUUGCGGCAGUUAAAUGUGUUACGUAUAUGUGGCGAGCAAGACGCGGCCGAGUGGUGUCUGGGCAGAGCAAGGCUGGGAAGAAAAGUGGUGAAUGAGUUCCACCUGUGUGCCACACCAG